AUGGCCGAGUCCGCCGCUGCCUCCUGCGUGCUGUGCUGCAACGCCAUCGACAACGCCUCGCGCUUCAACACCGUGGGCGUGUGCAACCACCCUGGCUGCUGCAGCAUCUGCGCGCUGCGGCUGCGCCAGCUCCUGGGCCAAACGUCCUGCGUCAUGUGCAAGACGGACAUGCCGCGCGUCAUCUGCCUGCAGCGCGCGGACCAGAGCUUCGAGUCGUUCCAGGACUGGGGGGACAACAUCGGCCCCGUGCACGUGUUCGACGAGGCCUCGGCCAUGUUCUUCCUCAAGGAGGACUACGCCAAGCGCAUCCGCAAGCUGCGGGACCCGCUCUGCAAGAAGUGCGGCAAGAAGUUCGCGACCGUGGCGGCGCUCAAGACGCACGUGCUGGACGUGCACCAGCUGCAGUACUGCGGCAUCUGCCUUGAGAACAAGAAGGUUUUUCUUGAAGAGUUGGAGCUCUUCACUAAAGAAGGGCUUAAAAGGCACAACACCAAGGGCAACCCCCAUGAAGGGUUCAUGGGGCACCCACGGUGUGAUUUCUGCUUCUCGAGGUUUUAUUCUACUACGGAGCUGUACGAACAUUUGAGGAAGAACCACUUCGAGUGCGACAUCUGCCUGUACCAGCUCAAUGUGCAGAACAGAUACUACAAGGACUACAACGACCUGGAGAACCACUUCCGAGCCGACCACUUCUUGUGUGAGGAGCGCGAGUGUCUGGCCAAGAAAUUCGUCGUGUUCAAGAGUCAUAUUGACCUGCAGGGGCACAUGGCGACGGACCACCCGCAUAUCAAGACGAGUCGCAAGAUUGACGUGCAUUUCACGGUGCGUCGAGCCUCGCAAGGAGACGAAGACGACUUUGAAGACCCCAGACUGUUCCAGCAGCAGGCGUCCGGGGGUAACACGAUCAAUGUGGCGGACUUCCCGUCGCUUUCAGGCUCGGACAGUGCUGCUGCUGGGCCGUCGUUGUCGUUGUGGGAGAAUCAGAGUGUGACCCGCCGUCCACGCGCAGAAGACUUCCCGGCCUUGUCGUCGGGAUCGGCUCCUAACAGAACGGGAUCGACGUUCCGGAACGCGCUGGCACCACCCCCGUCGGCAGCUCUUCGCGCGCACAUGGACACUAAUGGGUGGGAGUACGAGAGUCCUGAGCUAGCGUCUGCAGCUGCGGUUCUUGGUGCGAACAACCCACUGCUGGGAGUUCUGAAGCCGGCACGGAAGAAUAAUAAAGGAAAGAAGAAGGGUCGGAAGUCGGGCGGCGGCUUGGAGGAGAAGCUGUCCGCCCCCGCGCCUGCGAUUCAGGAGGAAGAGUCGGAGUCAGAGGACGACGAGCCUGUGGGACCCGCUCCGUCCAAGACUGCGGUCGUGCUGAAGAUUCGUCAGGUGCUGGGCAGUGACGCGAAGUAUGAGGUGUUCCGCGAGGACUGCAAGCGCUUCCGUCUUGGAGAGACAGAUACCCCCGAGUUCUACGCCAAGAUGCACGACAUGUUCUCGUCCGCGGACUUCUCGCAGCUUUUCCUACCGCUGAUGCGACUGUCCCCCGACAAGGAGCAGGUGGACACUUUCUUCGCGUACCACAAGCAGGUGAACAAGCAACGCGCAAAGACCCAAGGGUUCCAGGAAUCUACGUCCAAGCGCAACAAGAAGGCGGCCAAGCAACAGCAGGCUGAACUGGAGCAGAAGGCGCCUGCACCGCGCCGCAAGAACCAGCGUCAGCCGCCGGCACCCUCGCAGUCCGGCUGGGGCAACGCUCUGAAGGAGAGCGGCGUCAAGACGGCGACUGGACGCAAGCCUGCAGCUAUCGUCCACAACACAAACCUGCGUUCGAUGCUGGGCCGAGACACGCAGCCUACGACGCAGUGGAGCUCGGCUGGAAGCCGGCAGGCCCCGCCACCUGCUGCGUCCAGCUCCUCGGCGUACCCGGCACUGGGCCGUACGCCGACGAGCACGAAGUUCCAGAGUGCCCCCAUCGAAUCGUUUGCCAGUCUUAGUGUUUCCUCGUCAGCGUCGUCGUCUGGAUACGGCGCAGCGGCUUCUGCGUACGCGUCGACCCCCACGCCUGUGCUGCGUCAGAUCACGCCUCCUCCAGCCGCGCCGACCUUCAAGACUGUCAGGAACGACUUCCCCGAGCUGCCCAAGGCCGGUAAGCCUGUCGGUGUGCAGCCUGUGACGCGUGCGACUUGGGACGACCAGGUGCAGGCCAUCGCGCAGAACCGUUCGUCAAACACCACGAAUGGAGGCCGUGGCAAUGGCAAGAAGAAGCAGAAAAAGAAGAGCAUGUCGCUCCAGGAGAUGGCCAUGCACUUUGGUUAA